AUGAGAGAGAUUUCUCAAAUAGAAAGCUCUUGGCUUUUGGAGGUCGCUCCUCACUAUUAUAAAGGACGUGAGCUAGAAGACGCGAGCAACAAAAAGAUGCCUAAACAAAGAGGAAAGUCUGCACAAGAAUUGCAUGGGUGA